UCAGCGGGUCAUAUGAGCGUCAUCAGCCGCUCCUGCGCUUCACAGCAGCGGGGCCACACGGAGCACCAUGUCGGCGCUGGAUAACUGCGCUCUGCCGGGGUAAACAGGAGGAUGUAACCCGCUGGAAGCCUGCGGUCAGCCCCAUAGGAACAGGUCCAACUCCUGGUUCUGGUUUUGGUGUCUUCAGAACUCCUGUCUGGCCUCUUGGUGUCCAACCCCUUACAUCCCACAUCACUGCAGCCAUGAUGUCCAAGUCCGUUCUGCUGAAGGUCAUCCUCCUGGGCGACGGCGGCGUUGGCAAGUCGUCCCUCAUGAACCGCUACGUCACCAACAAGUUCGACUCGCACCUCUUCCACACGAUAGGCGUGGAGUUCCUCAACAAAGAGCUGGAGGUGGACGGGCGACGGGUCACCCUGCAGAUCUGGGACACAGCGGGACAGGAGCGCUUCCGCAGCCUCCGCACGCCCUUCUACCGUGGCUCCGACUGCUGCCUCCUCACCUUCAGUCUGGACGACGGACAGAGUUUCCAGAACCUCUCCAACUGGAAGAAGGAGUUCGCCUACUACGCUGACGUCAAGGACCCCGACAGCUUCCCAUUUGUGGUGCUGGGCAACAAACUGGACGUCCCCGAACGCCAGGUGUCCGGGGAGGAAGCCCGCAGGUGGUGCCGGGAAAACGGAGGGCACCCGUACUUCGAAACGAGCGCCAAGGACGCGACAAAUGUAACGUCGGCCUUUGAGGAGGCGGUGCGUCGCAUUAUGGUGUCUGAAGAUAGAGACGAUCACCUGAUUCAGACUGACACAGUGAACCUGCAGAAGACGCCUCACCCUGAGCCCAGCUGCUGUUAACCUGAGGGACUCCAGGGUUUUGGUUGGGCCUUUUCACUGUUGAAACUGUACAGUUCUGCAUGCUACUAUUUAUGCUUAAACCUGGAUCAACAUUUUAAUGUCAAGUUUUAGCUCAACAAUCAAAACUACACUACGUUUGGUUCACAUCUACUGAGGUUAUCUCUUCUGUUUGUAUCAGGGAAGCGACUAAGACCAAAACAACUGUGAUUAAAAUAUGUUGAUGCCUACAAAAACAGAAGUUGAGAUUAUUUUGUGCUCAUAAUUGCAGAAGUAGUGCUCAGAUUGACGUUAACACUUGGACACCCACUGAAUUUAGAUUUAUUCUCUCCUAAAAUUAUCAUUCUUGUCUUGUAUUUGUAUAAAAAAAACUGCAUAGAAGCCCAGAGUUCUCAUUUCUCAAUAACUCAUAGUGAAAUUAUGUUUUAAAAUAUGAGAUUUUUGGCUACAGUAUAGCCCAAUAUAAAGCGAACAACUUUCAUAUCUCUCAAGUAUGAGGGUUUUAGCUACAUUUUACCCCAUUAUGAACCGAACAACUUACCAUUGACUCAAAUUUGUAUAACAAUUCAGGUAACUUGCUUUCGUUUUAUUUUUGUGCAGUACCCUUUUCGUCCACAUGGUUGCGCCACUGUUUUACGAAGUUCAUGUUCAAAUCAAGUUAAAAUCUGUUUUAAAUCGGAAGAUUUUUUUAGCCUUAUUUUUGCAUUAUCAGAAACACAGACAACGUUUUAGCUCUAAAUGGUAAAGCUUCAUUGUAGAAUUAAAAGGAACCAUGAAAACAAUCGGUUCCUUUUAACAAGGGUGACUAAUUCUAGAGAUUAGCCAAUAAAGAGCGGCUAAUAUAGCACGUGCCUUAAAUUAAAUUAAACAUUCUGUAAUUUUCUGACAUUUAUGUCACAAAACCCGCCCCGUUUUAGUGUAACUUUUUGAUAUUUUAAAUAAAAUCCGCUGGACAUCGACAGAUAAAACAAUGUUUGAACACAAGUGGCAGCAAUUAGGCGAAGUGGCGGUGACGUCGUCAGGAAACUGGAAGAAAACAACUAGAGGAUUAAAAAGUAAGUUUACUUUUGCUUUAGUAGAUAAAGUUUUAAACAAGAGAUUUGUACUUUAUUCCUGUUGAGAGAUUUGGUCAAGUUGAGUCACAGAUUUAUCGGUAGGAAAGAUGCGAAAAGCGACAAAACCAAAUGACUCGUUUUGCUUUUUUAAGCUAAAACGCCCCGCGGAAGAGCUGUUUUCUGUCUAUUUUAUUGAUAAAUACCAAUUAUUAUUAAAUAAAAAUGAACAAUUAAGAGCAAACAGAAAAAUAAGACAAACUCGUAGGUAAUUCUGUAAUGUAGUUCAUUUUAAAAAGGCACUUUUUUAAUAAAGUCAAAAUUCUGAACUUCCAUUUACUUUUCAAAGGUAAUUUAUGUAAAAUCAGCAAGUUUAAAUAUCAGUCAUUCCUUCUGUAAAGAUACUUUUGUGGCUAAAAGUAAAAAUCUGCUCAGAAGAAUGUGCAUAACUCAUAGAUUAAUGCUUAAGUUUUUCUUCCACUGGUUAGUGGAAGAAAAUCAGUGGAAAAAAAACUGAUUAGUACUAAGAAAUUUACAAUAUCGACUAUGUUUAUUUUUCUUUGGAAGAUUUGACAUUAAAUAUGUAUGUUAGGAGAAGUUAGUAAAUAUAUAAGAUAAUUUAAAACAACAUACUUGGUGCUAGUAUGCAAUGUAAAGUAUAAUGGAAUUAGAAUCAAUAAUGAAAUUCAUAGAUUCAACGUUUUGGACAAAUUUUAACUUUGAUUUCUAAGUAAAAAAAAAAGUGACAUUAACUUGAUACCAAACAACAACAAAAAUGGAUUCAAUAAUUAGAAGGAUUUGGCGUUCAUUGUGUAUAUUUUUCAAUAUUAUUUGUGGUUUCAUAAAUAUGUGAUCAGAAAUGUUAUUUAAUUUAAUAAUAAGCAUCUGAAAACCGUUGUCUCCUGCGAAUUUCAGAUUUUAAGGUGUAUACAGUGAAUCCAAAAGCGUUUACACUGUGAAACAGAGUCAAAGUAGCUUCCCUCUAUUAAAUUAAUAGUUAGAUUCUUGUAAGUUGGGCUUUUGCUUUUCUUUUUGCAGUGAACCUUGGACACAUUUUGUAGCUCCCGCCUGUUUUCACUUUAUAAACUUUCCAUAAAAGUCACAAAUCGAAGAAAGAGGCAAAAUACACAGUCGUCACGAUAAUAAAAAAUAUCGGUUUUACUAGAGAAGGUUACAAAAAUCACCAAAGAGGAGUCAUAGAACUAUUUCCAACUUAAAAAAAAAAAAAGAAGAAAAACCAGAAUGAAACACCUACAGGGACUACAAUGCCAUCAAAGUACAAUGGAGUUUUUCUUUAGAAAAGAGCAGGGGCGGAGAGAGGGGAGGGAGGAAGGGGGCAAAACACCGCCUACCAUAGCUGUCAGUACAAAUGACUACACAUCACCUGAAAAACUGCAAAGACACAGUCAUGUCUCCUUCAUGCAAAUAACGAGGAAACAACAACACCCUGACACGCAUCGUCGGCUUAUAGGAAAUUGAAGUUUUGCCUUUUACAUCAACCUGGCGGCAAAGCACAGAUAUUUAUUCAACAUAACACACAUGGCAAUAUAGUCCUUUUUUAUACAGAAUAGACAGCUGCGCACAUGGACGAUACUGACAUGCUUCAUCUCAUCAAAGUUCAAAAAUUUCUCUUGUCUAUUUUUUUCUUUUUUUCUAAGUGUUAACUAAUCGGUCAUGGUUAAUAUAGAAUAUAGGCCAUGAUUAUUGAAACACAUCUGGUUAUAAAAUUAAUGUAUGAAAAUUCCUGACUUGUUUUAUUCAGUGUAAACAUCCAAAACAGUCUUUGUGGCUUGUAUGAGAGUCAUGGCAUUCAAAAGAAACAGGAGAAAAUAGACAAAAAAAUAAAGAAAAAAGUGACUUUUGUCACGCAUUUGGCUAAAAAUAAGCACAAACAUGUUCCA